GAGCUUUCUCAGAGUGGCUCGCUGACUUGAAAACCGGAAGGGGAAGUCGCUGCCGCCGCCGCUGCCGCCGCGAUGCAGAGGGAGGAGAAGCAGCUUGAGGCAUCAUUAGAUGCACUGCUGAGUCAAGUUGCUGAUCUGAAGAACUCACUGGGGAGUUUCAUUUACAAGUUGGAGAACGAGUAUGACCGGCUGACCUGGCCCUCUGUCCUGGACAGCUUUGCUUUGCUCUCCGGACAGCUGAACACUUUGAACAAGGUCUUGAAGCAUGAAAAGACACCACUGUUCCGUAACCAGGUCAUCAUCCCUCUGGUGUUGUCCCCAGACCGCGAUGAAGAUCUUAUGCGGCAGACUGAAGGACGAGUGCCUGUUUUCAGCCAUGAGGUGGUCCCUGACCAUCUGAGAACCAAGCCCGACCCUGAGGUCGAAGAACAAGAAAAGCAGUUAACCACAGAUGCGGCCCGCAUUGGUGCUGAUGCAGCUCAGAAGCAGAUCCAGAGCUUAAAUAAAAUGUGCUCAAACCUUCUGGAGAAAAUCAGCAAAGAGGAACGGGAAUCGGAGAGUGGAGGUCUCCGGCCAAACAAGCAGACCUUUAACCCUGCAGACACCAAUGCUUUAGUAGCUGCUGUGGCCUUUGGGAAGGGGCUGUCUAACUGGAGACCUUCAGGCAGCAGUGGUCCUGGCCAGCCAGGCCAGCCUGGAGCUGGGACCAUCCUUGCCGGAGCCUCAGGACUGCAGCAGGUGCAGAUGGCAGGAGCUCCAAGCCAGCAGCAGCCGCUGCUCAGUGGCGUACAGAUGGCUCAAGCAGGUCAAACAGGGAAAAUGCCAAGUGGAAUAAAAACCAACAUCAAGUCAGCUUCAAUGCAUCCCUACCAGCGGUGAGUGUGGCCGGCAACCUCCACUCCCCGGUGCCCCUUGCAGAGCUGGCGGUGAAAUUGCCUUCUUCCCUCAGCUGAACUAGAUGGGUACAACGAAGAGAACAUGGGCUUUCAGCACCAGACAGAUCCCAGCUCCACCACUGGCUAGCUGAGUGACCUUGGGCAAGUGACUUAAUUUUUCUCAGCCUGUUUUCUUGUUUGUAAAUGGCAAUGAUACCUACCUCAUAGGGAUGUUGUAAAGAUUAAAAAGAGAAAUGAAUGUAAAAUACUUAGUACAGUCUGUGAAAUGACGGGUAUUCAAUAAAUGAUAGUUUCUACAGCCA